CUUACGUCAUCUUUCUGCGCCGCGUCGUCCCUAAAUUCUCAUCGAGCAUGGGGCACCUUGGUGGGAUUGUUUUGCUCAUGGCACCGCUUUUCUGCCUCCUUGUUUGUGGAGUUGCAGGCCACUCUUUACCUGCCUGCCACAAACGGCUGGAGUUCAGGUGCAGUGAGGGGUCGUGCAUCUCGAGGUCGAAGGUGUGCGACGGCCACUCGGACUGCGAGGACGGAUCAGAUGAAGGCCACUGUAGUCACGUGUGGUGUAAGAAGGACGAGUUCGCCUGCCACAGCAGACGCUGCAUCUCGGUGAAGUUCUUGUGUGACGGCGUGGACGACUGCGGCGACGGGAGCGACGAGGACUCCUGUCACAACUGCACCGCCGGUUUUUUCCUCUGCGGGCCGUCCGACGCCUGCCUGUCGGAAAACAAGCUCUGCGACGGACAAAGGGACUGCCGGAACGGGCACGACGAGUCCAGGGAGCUGUGCGGUUCGGUCCGGCCCCUCCCACAGAGCUCCCGGUCGUCGUGCGCGGCGUCCGAGUUCCAGUGUCGGGACGGAGCGUGCGUCCGUCACGCCUGGAGGUGUGACCACUCGCCUGACUGCUCCGAUGGCAGCGAUGAAGAAGAUUGUGAUGUUUUGGAUCAGAAUGAAUGUCUGGUCAAUAAUGGCGGCUGCUCUCAUCACUGUGUGGACCAGCCGAUUGGUUUCCUCUGCAGCUGCCCGGACAACAUGAAGCUAGUUGAUGACAGCCGGUGUGAAGAGGUGGACGUUUGCCUGGAGAGCGAUGUGUGUGACCAGCUGUGUGUUCACAUGAAUCACAGCCUCACCUGUAAAUGCCUCGAGGGCUACCACAGGAAUCCAACCACCGGAGAGUGCAGAGCCAACGGAGAAGCUGCACAGCUCGUUUUUACCACUUCUAAAAAAAUCCGAAUGAAGAACCUCAUUAGUUCUGGUUUGAAAGAACUGACGCCACGUUCACCCGGUCCCGGCCCCRUAGCCACCAUGGCUUCUAGCCGCACGUUAUUCUGGGCCCAAAAAGGAAAAGGCUCCAUUUACAGAAUCUCCAUAGAUGAAAAGCCACAGGAAGCUAAUCUGGUGCUGAAAGUCCAAGGUUCAGUUUCAGGGCUUGUUGUGGACUGGGUCCACAGUCUUCUGUACUGGACCAGUCCAGAAAUGGGUUCCGUUAACGUGGCUCUGCUUGACGGUUCAUCCCAGCGUCAGCUCAUCACCGGGCUCCAGAAGCCCUCCGCCGUGGCCGUGGAACCUCUCCAGGGGUUCCUCUUCUGGGCUCAGUGUGGCAGCACUCCAAAGAUUGAGAGGGCCGGCUUGGACGGCCACAACAGGAUGGUUCUGGUUGCUUCCUUCAUCAAACAGCCAGCUGCGCUGUCUCUGGAUGUGCCUCGGCAGUUGCUGUACUGGUUUGAUCAGGGAGCGAGGAGCAUUUCCAGAGUAACUUUGGAUGGUCGCCACCGUAAAACAGUGGUGGAGUCUAACGGCUAUCUGGACCGGCUGUUUGGGCUCGCUGUGUUUGAGGGCUUUUUGUAUUGGGGGGAUGAAUUCACUCACUCCAUCUGCCGAGCCAACAAGCACAACGGCAAAAGCCUCCAGGUCCUCCUUUUCAAUGUCACCUCACCAGGCGGUCUGGCCAUCAUCCACCCUGUGCUUCAACCUAUCGCUCCGUCUGCCUGCGGACAUCCCAAGAGGACGUGCCAGCACAAGUGUGUCGUCGACCUGCAGCCCAAAAGGCUUCAGUUCAGCUGCAGGACUCCAGAAACCRAAACUCCAGUUAUCUCCCGCACAGUUCCUGUAUCAGUCCUGUCCCAGGCCACGUUUGCUGGAAUUUUGUCUCUAAUCAUCGUCCUCAGUGUGCUGCUGGUGGUGGGAAUGGCUUUCUGGUGGUGGAGAGAAGCGCUUCGGCCGUCCAGACAUUUCACGUUCCAGAGCUUCUCCCUCAAAGAGUCCCAAGACCCGCUCAUYGUUCAGGAACCACCUCUGGAUCCAGACACAGUACUGAUCAAGGAAACCCUCCUGAAGCUGGACUCGGACAGCGACUGAAGGCGCAGCACAGAUGUUCGGCCAGCUGAGCUCCCCCUGCUGGUGUUUUAUUGCAGCGGUGACCUCAGAGCCGCCACACCUCAGCCUCCUGAGGCCGUAUACGUCACUGAAGAAAAGACAAGACGUGUUGCAUUCUGGGAGUUUGCAUUCACCACUGAUUCACCCUCAUUGAGAAGGGUAUGAUUUUUCUUGUUUUUUUUUUUUUGUUGUUGUUUUGUUUUGUUUUUGUUUUAUCACUCCUUUAUGGUCCGGUCAAGAAGAGCCUCUUUUUUUCUAUUUUUUUUUAACUUUUCAUUUGUUAAAUAAGCAAGUAACCUCUAGAAAUGACAUGAAAAUAAAUCAACUAUGCUGUUAUUUUUUUCUUUAAUUUACAUUUUGAAGGUUUUUUUUUUGUACAACGUUCCCCUAAAAGUAUUUAUUUCAGCAUCAGGGAUGGUCAGAACUGUAAUUUUGUGAAAAACCUCAAUUAUUSAAGCUGUUUUAUUCAGUUUUUGAUGAGUUGGCAUUGUGAAUGUACUAUAUCCAACCUGCUGCCCUAUCAAUACUUGAAUCAAAUGAACUAUAUUGUAACGUAUUAAAGUAAGGACUGUUUUAUUUUUGUUAAAUUAAAGCUAAAAAAAAGUUAAAUGUGAGGAAAAAGUUUAACCUGCUUCAAGAAGUCAGAGUCCUGUGUUAAGUUUUGACAUUCAUUUAUUUUUUUUCUUUGAUUUAUUGUUCGAGACUUUGUGAUAAAACUCAAACAAUAUAAUAGUUUAUUUAUAGUUUGAUCAUUGUCACUUUKGUCUUUCUACUCAGUUUACAAGCUUAGUUCAAUAAAGUGGCCUUUGAUGACCAAAUGAUUUAUACUUUACUAACGAGAUGAAUUACUAGAUUAUUAUUUUGUCCGAUUGCCAAAAGCUGAAGUGUUAUCUGGUUUCAGCUUGAUCAGUUUCAUUAUACUGUAAAUACCUUUUUGUUUUGUUCCAUUAAAUGGAAAACUGAAGCCACCAGAGCUGUAUUUAUUUAGUAUAAGUAYUUGGGAGAAUAAAGCAGUUUAUUUUUAGGUUUUCUCGGUACUAGUUCUGAAAAUGAGGAACAAUCUAAACAACUUUAUGUUUUAGCUUUUUUGUGAUACUUCUGUGAAAGCUCCAAGUUUCUCUCUAAGAUCAAUGAUUUAGAGAAUUUUAAGCUGAGUUAGGUUGUAUUUGUUUUGAUGAACAAAAAGGUUUUUAAGUCUGGUGGCCUUUCACUCACUGUAUUUUGUGGAGAAUAAAAAUGUUCAAUGGUUGAAAUAA